AUGGAUCAGAGAUCAUCAAGUUCACGGCCCUUUUCGCCGCCAGACUUUGCACGCCUCCCACAGCGGCAGGAACGUAGCCCUCAGAUGCCUUCGCGCGCCGCCUCCGAGGCUCCUCGAUCGUCCCGGCAUCCAGCAGAAGCACAACCAAAACCCCCGUCGUCCCGAGCGGGCUCGGAAGACGCCCAGUACGCCUCGACGCAAGCAAGAGCCCCGCCAGAACCACAGCCCGAAAUGGCCCAAUAUCCGUCCCACGCGGAAGAUUGGAUGAGCAAUCGCGCCUCAACACCGUCAAUUUCUAGGAGGCCAGCCGGGGGGGAUAGGAUGUCGGCCAAUGGAGAUCGGGACAGUUUUCACGACACCGCCCGCACGCGCCUGAAUGAGAGGACCAGAUUCGAUCCACGGGUGUAUUCGCAUCCGCAGCGGCCUCCAAAGUACGGGGGUGCAUCGGAGGCACGGAAUAAUAAUUAUUGGGAACCGAGUCGCGUCACUGUGUACCGGAAUCCACAGUCACCCGUCUCUUCCCGGCACUCGAACAAUUCUAUGCGUACUGCCGGUCCCGCUCGCAGUAGGACCAGAGGUCCCAGCCGCAGCAACAGCCGUCGCAGCAGAGUCAGCGGAGGAGGUGGAGGAGGAGGAGGAGGAGGUCCGGGAAACCGACUGAAAGCCGCCGCAGCCGCCGCAGGAGCAGGUCCCCUCCUGGCCAAGAUCGAACAAAAGACAGGCGGUCUAGAGCAAAUCGUCACGCCUUUACGUCUGGGACUUCUGUUGGGUUGCUUUGAUAUGAUCGGCGGCUCGUUGUCGGCGUGGAUGACAUGGAAACGUUUCGGAGCGGCUGCUCAGGCGGCUGAAACAGCGAAGCAAGCGGAGGCUGCUGCGGCUCAGGCCGAGGCUGGUAGCGGUCGACGCCAUCAUCGUCGUCGGGGAGAAGGAGCACCACAGUACGACGAGGACUCCGAAACGGAUUCCGAAUACGACGAGCGCCGGAGGAGGGUUGCGCAGCAUGUUUCAGAGCAGCAACGGAUGGAUCGGAGUCGGAGUAGACGCUAA